GCGCGUUAAGGUCUGAGUCAGUAACGACAUGGAUUCAGAGGGUUGUGCUGCAGACGUAAACAAUACCCCUGCAGAGAUCAUCUGCCAGCAGCAUGGACAAAGUAUGCAUGAUUCAGAGGCUGGCAGACCGUACACAGGUCCUGACAAUGAUGGAAGACCAUUUAGUAACACUCAGGAUUCAAGCGUGCAGCCACUCAUAGACAGAUCUGAGACUUUACAACUAGAGUUUCAGGAUAGCCAUUUGUCACCUGCACUUACCCUGCUUCCCUGCCUGGACAAAUCUCACCUUCUUUCUGACUCCACAUUUUUUCAGCAUACAGAUGCAGAAUUUGUCCCUCUUCGGGGAUUUCCUGACUUCUCGGUUAUGUCUGAGAGAUGCCCUAAGACUUCAAAUGUAGCUGUAACUGAUGAUUCCCACCUCCAAAAUACUAUUCAUGACCAGGCUACACUUUCCCAGCACCCGUUGGAGGGUGAUAAAAGCUGCUGUUCACUGUCCCAGCACAGCCUGUCACCUGGAGACCAUUGCAAAGGGCUUGAGGACCACGGGAGUGUUUCAUAUGGUGCUGAGGACAAAAUCAACAGACAUAUGGAAGGAGAGGAGCAGACCAUUGCAGAGCAGCAUAGUGAGGGAAUGUCUGCUCGGCUCUUAUUAGAGUUCAAGGACCAGGAUGUUAUUGUGGCUGUUAGUGACAGCAGUGCCAUUUCUUCUGCAUCUGAACCUGCCUCAAAUCACCAAAACACAAACAAAAGCCAGUCAGAUCCUUCCAUGAAUCUUCAAAAAAGCAGAGAGCAGCCCCAAGGGGGCUCAUUGUCAUUAUCAUCUUCAUUUCAGAAGGCUGUAGAUGUGUCAAAUAUAACUUUUCGUGAUUCACGGAUGCUUUCACACCAAACAACUGACCAUCUCCAUGAUCAGCUUCUGUCUGUAGGACAAAGAGGCUCCAUCUCGGCACCAGCAAGUAGGCACCAUAGUGGGAACAAAAGCUCUCAUAGUGGACUAUGUGUCUCAUCAGCUGGUGAAGGUGUGAUGCAUGUACCAGAUCUACAGAGAGCGCUCUGGAGUUCCGGUCAUCUAACAGCAGCAGAUGGUUCAUUCUUGAGCUCUCGGCCUGUGUCUCAGUCCACACCUGCGCUACCUCUUGUCAGACCCCCACCAGCAUUGACCAAACUCUCACUCAUACACUCCAAACUUGAGCUUGUUGCUUCUGUGGCUACAUCGUCCCAAAACAAUCACUCAAUAACUGGCUUAAUUCCAUCGUUGGACCUAAGAGAUCAACAUUCCUUUCCCAUCCACUCUCAAACAACAGCUACAGUUCCUAGUGGACCUUCAGAGACUGUGCAAACAAUGUCACAUGCCCAUCCCAUUUCAAACAAACAAGUUUCUACUGCUGGUUUAAAUCCACAGGCCUCUGAUACACCUCACUUCAACACUCAGCACUUUUACUCUGGUGCAAUGUUAAAAGAUAAGGUCUCUCUGGCCCUUGGGAGAGUACACUCGCUUCCCAGUUUGAGCUACUUACAAAAAGUAGAUGCCUGGAAAGCCAAUCAAAGUUCUAGCAGGUCAUUUUAUGAUAAUUUGGCUCUACAGGGGUUUGAUGGUGUGUCGCCCAAGAAAAAAGCACAGGAUGUGGUGUCUGACACACUUAAUCACAUGCUUUCUCGAGACACGCGUCUGACAUUUGGUGCUAAUUCCAGCUCCCAGAUGACUCAACCACUUUCCUCUUCUCAUUCUAGAAGCGGCUCACCCCGUCGGGUGGAUGUGUGUAGAGGACAAGCAUCUGAGUCACCUGUCAAUCGCUCACACUCUCACUCCUCCCUGAGCUCUGUGGUGACCUCUAUUCAGAGAGACACAGGUACACACAGUCAGCAAGUUCUAGUGGCACAAUCUAAUGACAUAAUUCCUGCUACCAGAUCGUUUGACCAUCAGUUGUCCUUAGUUUCUGGUGAAAGGGGUGAAGGAAGGAAUAGCUCAGCUCCUCACAUGGAUAAAAGCUCGGUCAAGAUGUCUCCUCUCCUCAGUCUGGGUCGCUUCAGUGACGUGUCAUCAAGCCUCAAUAUGAGCAGCACUCUCUCUAGCUCUCAGGGCAGUUGCCAUGGCGAGCAGAGUAUGCGGGCAUCAGUGGGAGCCGCCUCUUCUGUAGUGAGUCUUGAGGUUGAUAAUUAUGCACCCUACUGGACCUCCAGACCUGCAUCCCCUCCUCACACUAGGGAACUCAACAUUGAAGAUAGGAUCCCUUUGUACCUCUUAAAUUUGGGUAUCGACCAAUCACCUUCAACAAUCUUAAAUCCAUUUACUCGUCGAGGACCAAUCAGAGAGCCUGAAUUCUCUCCUACUGACUUAUGUACCAUCAAAGGCUCCAUAGGAACACCAACUAAAAGCACACAGCCAUCUGAAGUUGACAGUCUUCAGAAGGAGACAUUCUCCAGUUCUAGUCAGCUCUCAGCUGACUCCAGUGCUUCUGUCACACACCCAUUGUCAGUGCAUGAGCAAGGCCAACCAGCCAGUGACAGAUCUGUGAAGAAGAUAAUCAGCCAGGCGGAUACUCCACCAAGACUUCAUUCAACUUUACAUCCUUCAUCAAGCUUACAGCACUCUGAUGCUCCACAAUGUGAAGGAAGCUUUGGCCUUCCAAGCCAAAUCAGCCCAAAAACUCUGCCUCCUCCAGGAACCAGAGAAGUGGUAAAGGAGGAGGAUGACUCUUUUGUAGGCUCUGGCACACUGCAUGAAAUCAGACGUCUGCUGGGCCAGGCAGAAAGCCUUGUUUCUGGUCGAUCCUCUCUGACUUCCUCCUCCGGCUCACACCGCCUCUCAGAGAGUGACACAUCCCUUGUUUCACUAGGACGAAACAUUCAAGGUUACCAUGAUGACACAUCUCUGUCAGCUGGUGGAAACCUUUCUUUGCUGCUGACUCGCUCUUCAUCAGAUUCGGCUUUGAAAGGAAGCUUGUCAUCCUCGCAAGGACCACAACAAAAUGACUUCACAACUAUAGAGCCUACCGCUCUCUCUUUGAGCAGAGAUGAAAGUUUGAAGUCACGUGACCUCUGUGUGACCCCAAGGCGGGCUGAGCCUGAGGGCUACAGUGCUGCAGACCCAGAUAAGGCAAAGCCACCUACAGCCACAUCUGCUGUGCAGAUAAAUGUUCCUUCGAUACCAGGGAACCUUCUGCAGAACCAGGACCUGACUGAGGAUGAUGCGUUUGGCUCUUCAGAGAAUAAUUCGUCCCAUGUCUCAGCUGAGGUUGAAAGUAUGAGUGACAGUAGCAACGAGAGUUCAUUGGCUGCCAGAGUUGCCAAACUCCUGCAGAGUGAGUCGCCUGUUUCUAUGGUUACAAGCCGGCCAAGCACCAGUGACCCAGAAGAUAGCCGUGCCCGAGAAUGGAUCCUGAUGAAGGUUUCUGGCCGCCGAUGUGAAAGCUUAGAACUAAACGCUGAGGACAGAGAGAGAAUUGAAGACAUCAAAAGAGAACUUCUACUGAACACCAAAUACACCAAGUGGAGCUCAGAUUCUGAGGGCAGUACUCAGUCGAGUGUUGGUCCUGAAUCUCAGCUGACAAAGGGCUUUGUUGGACUGCGUAACAUGGAGAAUCAUAACUCAGAUCAGCUGCAGAAAGUUGAUCCAAAACCUUUGGACAAAGUUCCAUUUUACACACCUUUACAACAGGAUCUAGAGGCCAAAGUUCACCAGAUCGCCCUUAGAGAGGGGCCCAGCUCCCAGCCUUUUACUUCUAUUACUAUAGCAACCACUCACCGCACUCCAUCUCCUCAGUCACCGUCACAUUGCCCUAUCACUGCUACUGAGGAAUUGGACAAUAUUGUUCCUGACCAUGAGACUCUAGAGAGCACAAGCCAAAUGAGACUUCAGCCAGCUGUUAUACCUAAUGUAUCUGGCAGAGAAAAAGAGACGGUGAGAGAAGGACAACAUAGAGAAGAGAAGAAAAGAGAAGAAAUGACUGAUGACAACAAAGAGAACAUUGUUACGAAUGAUCCCCAGAGUAUCCAAAUAAUACCUCACAUGGACUAUACUGUCACAGGCAGUAACCAGAUAUUAUCCAGUGCUGCGUCAGGCUCAACUUUUGGCAAGAAGUCCCACCUCUCUCACAUUCACGUCAACUUAUCACCCAAACAUCAGUCCAAUCCAAACUAUUUAAGCAGACUACCCAGUCAAAACACUAGUAAAGAUGUCCCACCUCCCGUGGUGUCAGGCAUGACUGAUGAACAUCUGCAGUCCAUACACCGAAUCUCAACAUCAAAUCAUGCCAGAUCAUAUGAACACAGAGAGCCAGUUCAAGGCCAGAAUGCAGGAAUAGUCAGUGCACACUUACAGGCCAGAUACCCACAAACCUUUGCUCCCUCUCAGAGGCUGGCUGGGACAUCCAGAAAUCUCUCUGUUCUAGCAGCUGUCCCUGCCCUGUUGCCAUACAAACCACAUGGGAGCUCCAAGCUGUUCUACAUCCCGCAAGCUGAUCCAGAGCUUUCUCCUGGUCACUCUGACACAACUGUUGAAAGCUCUCACUCAGGUUCUGAUGAUGCUGUCCCUCCACACUUUAAUACAGACAUUUUAGGCUCUAGAGAGCUAGAAGACAACAUAAUUACACCAAAACACAAGAAAGGCAUCUACAGUAAGAGGGCCAAUAUGAAGAGAGUUUAUGUUUCUGAGAAGAACAUGGACAUUGUUGGCAUAGAUGAGGAGUAUAAAGAUGAGGAAGAAAAGUUUGUCCCCUUACACAUGGAGGCAGACUACAGUACAUAUGAUGUGCAUCUUCACAGCAGCACCAUGCAGGAGCCCAAGUUUCCACUAGAACCACACCAUUUACCUUCUCAGCCAAUCAGAAAGCCCUACAGGGGGAACAAGAAAGAGCGGGACAGAACACCUCAUGAUGUUAGCAUAGAGAUUAGCAGUUCUCUGGACCAGCUGUGGCGUCGCUUCAGUGAAAAAUGGAGCAUGGAGGAGACCCGACCAACUAAUGAGGGAGAGACGUCUCUGCUUGAUAGACUAGAGCGUCUGUCUCGUCUCAUUCACAAUACCUCUCCAAAAGACCAAACUAUACAACUAGCAGACAGCAGGAAAGGAGAGUGUUACAGGAGGAGUGAUCGAGAGGAUGGGACCACAGAGGGAGGAGAGCAAAGAGAAAGAGUCCAGUUAGAAGUGACUCCACAACAAGCUUGGCUUGAGCAUGAAGAGAGCCAGGAGAGAGUGCAUCGCUGUCCUGCCGAGAGAGAUGAGUCUGCGAGUGUGGAGACAAGCAGUAGCCUGUCCACCAUUGACACAGAGCGGCUGCUGCAAGCUUUUGGACCUCACUGGGUCACCAGUAAAGGACUGAAAAGCAGUGACAGCUUGCUCAGACUUUACAACACCAUCAAUAUGCAGAAAACUGUCCGAAGGAAACCCAGUACUAAACAUGCUGCCAUCUCUGUUGCUACCGAUGAUGUGAGCACGGAUGACUCCACAGUCUCUGCUGAUUCAUUAUCAUCUUCAAGCACUUUUUCCCAUCAUUCUCAAAGAGGUAUCUCCAAAAACCUCAAUUCCAAAAGGUCAAAAGUCAAACUGGUCAGCAAAGGUGUACAGGCAGGUGAUUUGGAAAUUGUUAUAAAUGGCACCCGCAGACACACUCGGGACGUAGGCACCAUCUUUCCCUCACCAGGUGCUUUCAAAAAUGUCCAUUUAACAAACACGUUUGGCAGAGACAUUCAGAGUGGCUUUCCCAUCUCCACUGCUUCCACAUCUAAACCCAUCCAAACCCUGACUGCUCUGAAGAAAGACACCAGCAACAAGAGCAUCCGGACCCGUUACCCAAACGGUGUAUCAUGGUUUGUCUCCGCUGAUGAGCUUAGGUGUGAUGGUCGCAAGGAAAACCAGCCACAGAGUGAAUCAGCACCUUGCCCAAGCCAAGCCUGGUUUGAGCCUUACAGUAGAACCAAACCCUGGAGAGAAACGACCAGAGAACCUCUAAGAGAGAGACAGAACCAGCAAGAGUCCAUAACAGCUACGGAGACAGAUAUCAGUGACAAACCCUCAGCUCUUGUUCGAAUUUCACUACAGGAAGCUCUGGAGCUCCAUCGGCCGGAGUUUGUAUCUCGUUCACGGGAGCGGAUGAAGCGUCUGGGGUUGCUGGUUGAAGAGAGGAGGUUACAGGCGGUCUUCAACAGAGAGAGAGAAGAGCUCUUCAGUUGCCCCGCACCAUCAUGUCCAUACAGAGCAGCAGCUCCAGUACCCCAUAAACGAGUCGUUCCAAGAAAAGAGAUGGUCCAAAGAUCUAAAGAUUGGGUAGGGAGGAAAUCACACAGUCAGAGAAUAGACAGAACAGACAGACUCAGGAGGAAAUACGCUCAACUUCCUGAGGUCCAGAAGAGAAGGGAGGAGGAAAGGAGACGGGCGGAGUACCAUUCCUACCGCCUCAACGCUCAACUCUUUAACAAGAAAGUCAGCAAUCAUGUGUUGGGAAGGAGAGCACCCUGGCAGUGAGCUAGAAUCGACUCAACAUUUCAAAAAGCCUUACUGUUCGUUGAAUGUGACAUGUCCUCUGAGUGUUUUAUAUGGGGUGAUAUUUUAGAAUGGUUGUGUGUUAUGCGAGUGUGCUUAGAUAUAUGUGUGCAUUCUGAUUUUAGGUGUGAGAUUUUAUAUAACUGUGAUUUUGUGUUAUUUAUGGAGUUGCAGUGUUGGGUUGUUUAUUAUGCCUCUUAUAGUUGCAAAAUACAUUUUUAUUAUGUCUGUUUUUGCUAAGUUUUAACAAUAUUUUU